AUGAAUAAAGUUGCAAUUAGUGAUAAUGAAUUUAUGGAAUGUAAUAAAUGUGAACGACCUUUUGACAUUUUAUGCGCGAAUUUUACCAGCGUAUCUUUCACCACUUUAUCGCGGGAGUUCAAAAAUUCUUGGAUAUGCAUAGAAUGUCGCAGUAAACUGCCCAAGGGUGAUAACUCACAUACACCAGUACGGCAAACGUUACAAAUGCAUGAACAUCAUAAUAAAAUAGUAAGCCCUAGUCCUGAAACAUCAAUAUGUUUUGAAAAUGUGACUGUGCGUGCCCCAACGCGCUUUGUCCACUCAACCCAAAAUACCGCAAUAGUAUUACACAAUGAUGACAGUAAUUUAGGAUGCUCACAAUUUGAUGGAGAUACAAGCACUAUACCAAAUUUAUCAGAUAGUGAAAAUGAAGACAAAAUUCUUGAUAUGAAGAGACAAAUAGAAAAGUUGACGUUGGAACUGAAUUCGGCAAACACUCAAAUUAAAGCACUAACACUGGAAAAUGACACACUUAAAAAAACAAUCACGGAAAUGAACCCUAAAAAAAACAGUGAAACAAAUACGGCAGCAAAAAAGAAAAAACGGCGAUCUCCUAAGAAGAACAACACCUUGCACAGCGAAAUAUUAAAAAAAACAGAGCCUACUAAUAUAGGAAUGAAAACAUCACAUUUAAGUAAAUCAUACAGAGACACUACACAGUGUAUGCCUAAAUUAUGUAUGAUUAGCUCAAAUAAACACAACAAUAUGACUACAAUAGCACAAAAUACUUUUAGUAAUUUUCAUAUAUGUCAUUAUUUAUAUCCGAAUUGCGGAAUAACAGAAUUAAUUAAUAAUUUAGAUAAAAAAGUAAAAGACUAUACCAAGAAAGACUAUUGCGUAAUUUUUAUUGGACCUGAAGAUUUCAAACAAACAAAUAAUUAUUUUGACAUAGUAUUGAAAUUGAGACAAACAUUGCAAUUAAUUACAAAUACAAAUAUAAUAUUAUGCGUGCCGACUUUUAUAGUUAAUGAUUUUUCGACAAUAUUCAAUUGGAGAGUUGAAUGCUUUAAUAAUUUGUUAUACUUGGACAUACAUUUACACAAUUAUGCAUAUCUUUUGGAUUCGAACUUAAAUUUAACAUAUGACUAUGAUAUGUUCGAAAUAUGCGCUAUUUCGAUUAUCUCAGAAAGUCAAACUUGA